AUGGGGCAGCAGGCGGCCUCCUUCGCACCGUGCGUGGCGCGGCAGAAGGAAUCGCAGAACCCGAAACAGCUGGCAGAAUACUUGCAGCGGGUUGAGCGGCUCCUGCUGGAUACCGAGACUUUGCAACGAGAGUGCGAUGCCCACUUCCGGCGCGUUGGGCUUGAUGCGCACGGGACAAUGAGGCGUGUCGAGCUCCGCCGGCUCCUGUGGACCUUCGCCCACUCCUUGGGCUCCAGCGAGCUUACAUGGGAAGCCAUUGAGGCAUUUGCCGUGACCGGCACCCUCGAAGCCAACAUGCCUGUGGUGACCCGCGAGGAGUUUUUCAGGUGCGUCACCAAGACGGUGCACCUCGUCGCUGCGGAGCUCCGCAGAAAGCUCCAACAGGUGAACAACAAGCUUUUGCCGCGGAGACCGCCGGAGAGAGGAUCUCCGGAGAGUCACAAAGAUCGGAGUGGGCCAACUCCGAAGACACCGGGCAGGCAUUCCAGCCCCUGGGCGGCCAUGGCGGAGCUGAGCGGCAGCGACGUGGAGUCACCAGCCUCUUCGCCCCGCAGCCGAAGCGAGGCCGAGUCUGGAGAAGAGGCGCUUCCAAAGCAGGAGGCCGUCCCCAGAUCGCAGGAGGCUGUCUUCAAGCCAGCGCCAGAGGAGGCAGCCCCGACCCCCGUUCUCUUCAGACCUGCGCCAGAGGAGAAACUCUCUGUCAACGGCAUGAUUGUCUUGGUGCUGAGCAGCGAGGGCAGCUUCGAGCCUCAGGUCCUCGCGCUGGAGGUGGGCACGCUGCAUCUCAGCUCCGUGGAGUCCGGUGGCAUCUCAUCCUUCUUCACCGGCCGAGAUGGCAGCGCCUUCGACCUCUCCAUGCUGGAAAUGCUGGUCAGGGGGGCAGCCGUUGCGCGCAGCCCCGCAGCGCAAAUGAUCCCAGGCGUCGUGUGGAAGAGCCCCGAGUCCAUCGCUCGCACGCUGGUGCUCUUCUUCGAGAACUCCGCUCUUUGCCUGUGGUUCCAGGAAACGGAGCACUGCACCUUCUGCUGCAAGGCUUUUCUGGAAGAGGCGCGGGCCUACGGCGCAGAUCCCCGCUGUGCCCACAUCGAUCGUCAGGUGGACCUGGAGGUGGCGGCAACCUGUGCGGCCACGGGCUCCAGCUUCACGGCCGUGGCGGCCCGCACCCGUGCCGCCUCCCGGGCUCUGGAUGAGCCCGUGCCGGCGCCCGAAAUCGCCCUGCCCGGCUGUGGGCCUGCGCCGCAGGAGGGCCGCAAGAGCGCGGCGCGGGCCAGCUUCGCCGCCUCGGCGGCCAGGUCACUUGUCUCACAGCCCACGGAAGAGUACUUCCUAGGAGAUGAUCGCUCCAGCUUCAUGUCAGCACGUGGAUCCAGGAGCGAGGAGUCGCAGCCGGCUUCCGCUCCGGCUCCAGCUCCGGUGGCCAAGGUUGCAACAUCAAGGACAUCCUCAGCUCGGAAGUCCUUGGCAGCGCUGUCGGAGUCGAGGAAGUCUCUGGUCGAGGUGAUGCAGAUGUAUGGCCCCGAGGAGGAGAAGGUAGAGGAGAAAGUCAACCGGGGCAGCUUGAGCGGAUGGUACUCGGAGAAGCCGGAGGACAAAGCUGAAGGAGAUGAGCCCAAGCGGGACCGCUCCCUCUCCAACUGGUACAAGGACGGCCCUGAGGGCGAGUCAGCCGUGCCCUCUGCGGCCAAGGUGAUGAGCUUGCAUGGGCAGGAAGGCGACGUGAGCGUUCCGUCGACCGUGGCGCGGGACCUCACCCGGGACUUCACAGAGGAUGAUAAGGACAAAGAUGAGAAUGUCAAGGACGCCCAACCAGAGGGAGAGAAGGCGGAAGAGGCGACAAAGGUGGAGGAGAAGGUCGAGGAGAAGGUCGAGGAGAAGGUCGAGGAGAAGGUCGAGGAGAAGGCCGAAGAGAAGGCUGAGGAGAAGGAUGAGACCGUGGACGCGCAGAAGUCGAACAAAGAGAAGGCUGAGGGAGGCGCAAGCGCAGAGUGA